UUUUACCCGCCAAAAUGCAGCACCACUCUCUUUCUUUCCCGCCAACUCCUCAAUCCUCACUCCCCCCAAAAUUAAAAGAAACCUCAGCAAAAUAUAGCGAAUUUGACUGCACGCACUUCUCUCUCUCUCUACACAGAAAUCAGUUGCGAGUGAGAGAGCGUAUACGAACACUAGCCAUGGAUUUGAGCGAGGAUGUCAGGACAGCGCACAAGCGGACUUUUCUCAAAUUCUUCGAACAAACUGAGUAUAACAUUGACCUAAAAACAACACUCGACUUGAUGUUUACCCAAAACCGCCGCCGUUGUAUAAUUAAUCUCGCUCAUUUCUACCACCACAGAGAAGGCACCGAUUUGGCUCGCAGGAUUUUGCAUACUCCAAGCGAGUAUUUGCAGCCGCUCUGCGAUGCAGUGACGGAGAUGGUGCGGAGUAUGAACGCCAAGUAUCUGAAGGAAGGAGAGCAGAUUUUGGUUGGGCUUGAGGGUCCUUUUGUUUCGCGAAGGGUGACACCGAGAGAACUUCUGUCUGGGUUUAUCGGUUCCAUGGUCUGCGUCGAGGGCAUCAUCACCAAAUGUUCGCUUGUUAGGCCAAAGGUUGUCAAGAGCGUCCACUUCUGCCCUGUUACUGAGAAAUUCACUGUGCGUGAAUACAGAGACAUUACUUCCAAUAUUGGCUUGCCAACUGGUUCAGUGUAUCCAACACGUGAUGACAAUGGCAACUUGUUGGUAACCGAGUAUGGCCUAUGUGUUUACAAGGACCACCAGACACUAUCAAUGCAAGAAGUACCAGAAAACUCAGCUCCUGGUCAACUUCCUAGAACAGUGGAUGUCAUUGUAGAAGAUGAUUUGGUCGAUUCUUGCAAGCCUGGAGACCGUGUGGCAAUUGUCGGGACAUACAAAGCCUUACCCGGAAGCAGUAAAGGCAGUGUGAAUGGAGUGUUCAGGACUGUCCUUAUAGCCAACAAUGUCUCUCUUCUCAACAAGAUGUCACAGAACUUACAGUAUUCAAGUGAUGACAUGAAAAAUAUUAGAAAGGUGUCUGAAAGAGAUGAUGCAUUUGAUCUACUUGCUAAUUCUCUUGCACCGUCUAUAUAUGGCCAUCUAUGGAUAAAGAAAGCAGUCAUUUUACUGAUGCUUGGAGGAAAUGAAAAGAACUUGAAGAACGGUACUCACUUGAGGGGUGAUAUAAACAUGAUGAUGGUUGGUGAUCCUUCUGUUGCGAAGUCUCAGUUAUUGAGAGCCAUCAUGAAUAUUGCUCCUCUAGCCAUAUCAACCACUGGUCGAGGUUCUUCUGGUGUUGGAUUGACAGCUGCAGUUACUUCUGAUCAAGAAACAGGCGAGCGAAGACUAGAAGCUGGUGCCAUGGUUCUUGCUGAUAGAGGAAUUGUCUGUAUCGAUGAGUUUGACAAAAUGAACGAUCAAGAUCGUGUGGCUAUACAUGAAGUGAUGGAGCAGCAGACUGUAACAAUCGCCAAAGCUGGUAUUCACGCAUCUUUGAAUGCUCGGUGCAGUGUGGUAGCCGCUGCAAAUCCAAUAUAUGGAACUUAUGACCGUUCAAUAACUCCAACAAAGAAUAUCGGGCUCCCAGACUCUCUGCUUUCUCGUUUUGAUUUGCUAUUUAUCGUUUUGGAUCAAAUGGAUCCUGGGAUUGAUCGUCAGAUUUCAGAACAUGUCUUGAGAAUGCAUCGGUACCGUUCAGUGGUUGAUGGAGGCACAAGAUUAGAUGAUAGUUUAAGACAAGAGGGGGAUGGCAAUACAGAAAAUGGUUCCUCUGUUUUUGUCAAAUACAAUCGAAUGCUGCACGGGAAAAGAUCUGACAAGGGCCGUAAACGUGAUACUCUCACCAUCAAUUUCCUUAAGAAAUACAUUCAUUAUGCAAAAAACAGGAUCCAGCCUGAGCUGACUGAUGAGGCAUCUGAACACAUAGCAACUGCAUAUGCAGAGCUUAGGAAUGCAGGUUCAAAUGUUAAGACUGGAGGGACACUUCCAAUUACUGCUAGAACCCUGGAAACAAUAAUCCGUCUUUCAACUGCCCAUGCCAAACUGAGGUUGCGAAGACAGGUACUGAGGUCGGAUGUUGAAUCUGCUCUUCAAGUUCUAAACUUUGCCAUAUAUCAUCAAGAACUGAAUGAAAUGGAGGAGCGAGAGGAAGACAGGCUGAGAGAAAUGGAGAGAGAAACUGAAGCUGGUAAUAACGAUGGAACUCGUAAUAGAGGUGGGAAAAAUGCAACGAACAACGGUGAUUCUACUGCUACAGCAGAUGAUACAGAAGCAAUGGAUGUAGAUGAAACUCCAGCAAGUGGAGCCAACAUAUCAGCAGAAGAGAGAUUGGACACAUUCAGUGCUGCGCUCGGGAAGUACAGACAUGCACAACAUGUGGAUCAAAUGUCGAUUUCUGAUAUUGAGGGGGUUGUUAACUCUGGGGCAGCUGCCCCUUACUCUGCUACAGAGAUCAUGUCCCUUUUGGAGAUAAUGCAUGACAAAGGAAGCUUGAUGAUAUCUAAGGAGACUAAUGUAGUUUACUUCAUGUGAGAACAGUUUAAUUCGAUCUAGAGAUAUCGAGAGUUUCCCAAUACUAGUAAAAGAAAAAAACGAAAUUGUUGGUUUCAAUUUAUUCAAUCCAUUGUAAUUUGUAUCAAGUUCAAAUAUAUGUUCUUGACUUGUUCACGAGUGUAUAUUUAUAGACAUGUACUAAGUAUGUUACAUUUUAGUUGACUGUAUUGAGAAAAUGUUGUGCACUUUUGCUUAAUUAUUAAUUUGAG